CUCAAAUUCUACAAUCUAGUAUCUUCAUCAAGGACAUGAAAACAACUGAUAACAACUUCAAAGAAGACUUUCCAUUCCGCUUGCAACAGCACCAACAAGUGGAAACAAGAACAGGGUGGAUGAAGUUUGGUUCAAGGUUAAGCAAUUUACAUUUUGUGGGUACAAAUGUAAUAGCAACAAGAACUGGCUGCCAUAUUUUGUUUCAUGACUUGUCAACUCACACAGAUACAAUAUACACUGCCAAUGACCACGAAUCUGGAGAUGGAAUUACAUGUGUGACUGGUCAUCAAAAUACUGCUAUGUUUGCAUUUGGCGAGAGAUGCCUUAAACCACGCAUUUUCAUUAAAGACUAUCCGAGUUUUACGACUGUUUCCUUACUUAAAGGUGGAAGUGGCAGCCAUUAUAAGUCUAUUUCCUUCUCAGAAAUGGAGUUUUUGGUCUCCUUGAGUUCAUUGCCAGAUUUUGAAAUCACAGUAUGGAACUGGAGAACAGGACAAAAACUCAUAUCAAAAAAGACUUACGUCAACAAUGAAAGUCAGAUACUCAGAUGCAGUCAAAGUACACCUCCAGUGGUAAGCCAAGCGGCAGUGGACUCCUCAGUACUUCUCCUCUGGGAGUUACAUGUUUGCUGCAAAAAGUGUUUACUGAACAGGCUGCAGUUUACUGUUGACAUGGCUGUGUCACCAUGUGCAUUUACUUGGUCUUCUGAUGGUAUGCUGCUCAUUGCGGAUGCGACUGGAAGUGUGUUCAUGAUUGAAGGUGAAAAAAGAAAACUCCAACACAUCUUUGGUUGGACAGGAAGGCCUGGUUCUGCAACACCAUCUAUUGUAUGGUACAGGACAGGAGUAGUGAUGUCAGGACCAAGCGGAGAAGUUAAAUACUACAAGAAAGCUGCUCCCCACGAGUGGCAAGUUAUGUGGACUGUUGCUCCUGAUGUGCAGGUAGCCAGCUUGUCAGCAUGUCCAGGGAGGGAUUACCUGGUGGCAAUGUCAAUAGAGGCUGACUUGUUGCAAUUUAAAGAUGAUGAUGGACCACAAUUUGUUAAAAUCCGCUCUUAUGGGAGACAUUUUAUGUGUGUUUGUCUCAUUAAUCCAUCUGGAGAUCAUAUUGCAACUCUGAACGCAAAUGGAUGUAUAAAUACUUGGGCUAUGAGCAGUGGAAAUUUGGUGGGUGAACUGGUAUGGGAUAGAAACUGUCUGGUAAUGGUAUCCAAUCCUGUUCAACCCUAUUUGGCACUUGGAAGAGACAACGGUAUUGUGGAUUUCAUAAAUGUACUUGCACCUGAUAAUCCAACAACUCUAACUACAGUAAAUCUUUGUAAGGAACAAAUAUCUGGUAUUCAGAUUUCUCAGCAAGGAAAUUAUGUAGUGGCUUGCAUUAUGGAGACUGGGAUAUUGUUUGUCAUUGAGAGUAAGCCAGGAGUUCAAAUAGAGGUGAAAUCAUUCAUAAACACAAGAGAAAAAAUGGCCAACAUCUCGGUAAUAGAGCUUAAGACUGAUUUAAGAAUCAUAAGUCUAAUGUCAACAAGAAUUUUCUGUCCCUCUGGAAACAGAAUUAUUGUAUUCUCAAUGGCAUAUGAAUCUAGAGAACUGAUUCAGUACACCUCCAUAGACCUGCCUGGAUUAUAUUCAGGAUUUUAUGUACAUCCAUUUAAAAAGUACGAUUUCUAUGCUAUACCACACAGGUCUCGACAGUUUCACUUACUGCACGUGUCACUUGAGAAACAACAGUUACAAUUAUUGGAUGCAAGAUCAAGUGGCCACCAGUUAAGAAAGUAUGCAAUGAAUGUGACAGAGCAUAACGUUCUCUCAUAUGGCUUAGAUGGAAUGGCUAUUCUUCGUUCAGUUGCAACAAAUGAUUGCAAAGCUUUCAUUAAGCCUCAUCACCACAUGGAUUUGGGAAUUAAGACUGCUGUAGCAAAUCCACUAAACACACACAUAAUAUCUUUAGGACAAGAUGGAAGUAUGAUCUGCACAUAUCUCAGAACUAAAAUAGACCAACUGAAACAAGCACCUAUGAGAUGUACCUUAUUAACAAAAGGAAUCAGUCACAUGUACACUGAAAGCCAAACAUCUGAAUUUAUCAACAGGACAGGAGCCAAGUAUGCCAAGUCAUUGUUGGUGCAGCAGGAAGUCACUAAAGUAAUCGAGGAGAAUGCUGUGUGGGGGGAAGAAAAGGCACAGCUGAAAAAGCAGUUCAGAAGUGUUCAGAAAGAGUGUGCAGCCCUGUUGGAGAUGAAUUUUACAAAUCAAGCAGAAGAAAAGUUGCCACUCAGUGCCUUUGAUCUGGAUCAAGAAACCAGAAAUGAAAGAAGAAGACAAGCUCAAGACAAGUGCCGAGAAACUGAGCUUUAUCUAAAAGCAUUAACUGCUGUACAAGAUAAACUAUGUGAAACUUUAAAACAGAGGCACUGGACUGCAGUGGAGACAAAGGGCAGCAAACUCAAGGCCAUCAUGGGAAGAGUUGAAGUAGAAAACUAUCCAUUACUUCCCAAAGAUGUUUCUUUUGAAGAAGAGUUUAAAUGGGUUAUGGAACACAGAAAACUAGAAGUACAAAUGCAGAAAGAAAGCUGUUUCUCACCGUGGGAUCCAAAUGAUAAAGAGAGUGAAUCAUCUGCUCACCCAUUGCUGAAUGAUGCCAGUCUCAUGAGACAAAAUACAUCCAUACGAACAAUGGAUGAGGAAGAGAAAGAAGAAGAAAUAAACAGGCUCGUUCUCACUGGCUCAACCAGCUAUCACUUCAUAGAAACAUGUGCUUAUCAUCAUAAUCAGUUUGAAUUCUCCUCUUACCUUCAAAUGCACAAUGAAAUUAUUCUACUGACAAAUGUUUGUGCAGCUCUAUGUGAAAAUUUCAAUAAGCAAUUUAAUGACAUGUAUGCCUUAAAAGAAAGAGAAAUGUUUGUGGUAACAGAACAGAAUGCAUAUUUACGUUAUAUUCUCUCUGAAAUUAAUAACACAUGGACAGAGAUAGCUGAUCCAGAGUGGACUCAAGAAGAGAAACCAGAAAGACUAAUGAAAGUAGAAGAUAAUGAGGUUAGCAUAACACCAUACAUUUCACCCAGUCAGCAGGUGGUCUUGGAGAGACUAGCUACUGGGGCUGAAGCAUACCACGUUGCAGAAAUGUCUAAAAACUUUCGUGAACAAGCACUCAUGCAAAUGAUGGAUGGUGUAUUGAAAGUUCGUUGGGAAGACGAGAUCAAGAAAGAUAUACAAAAACCCAAAUGCAUGAUUGAAAAGAAUCCUGAAGAUUACAACGAUGAGGACCUAAAAAUAAUAAAGGACUAUGAAGAGAAAGUGGCACUUCAUUUGAGUGAACGUGAAAGUUACAGGGAGAUGCUUGAGACAGAGUUCCAGAAACUCUCACAGACUAUCAAAAAUGGUGUAAUGAAGUUCAACGGUCAACUACACGAUUUGUUUAUUUUGAAACUUAAGACUGAGGCAGCCAUUGGACAAGAAACAUUAAAGAUGAAUCGAUACAUGUACAUGGUUCAUAAAAGAUUGUCUCUUAACCUAAAACAGAAAAAGCUCAAGAUGGAAGUAAUCAAGCAAGAAUCUCACAAUUCAGCUCUACAGGAACAAAUUCAGCAGCUAAAGAUUUGGAGAAAUGAUUGCCAAGCCGCAUAUGAAACUGCAGUGGCUCAUGAGAAACAACUGGAGAAAAACUUCAAGAAGGAGUUCCCUGAGGUAUCACAGGUUGUUCUGGAACAGCUUUACAAAUUUUACAGACGUCGUCCUAACAUGCACCAACGAGCACGAACAUCGGUGAUACUGUUGAAUGAAUUAUCUCGGCAUACUGCAUCUGCAGACAGGCCAUCAUUUCUCCCACCUGAAUAUAUAGAAUACCUUAAAGGUCUGGACCAGAUUGACAAUUACUCCAAUACUCCACCUGUUAUAAAUGAAGACAUAUGGGCCACACUGUGUCGCGUGAGACGCCGGAAGGUGGAAAGUGAGCUGAAGGCAAAAUGCUGUGCAUUAAUGGUUGCUGAUUCAGAGCAUACACUGAAUGUGUACCAGAAGAAAUUGGCAGGUGAAAAGCAGCAUAUCACAACCUUACUUGAUGAAGUACACAAAGCAAAAGAACAAUUACUAGAACUUGAGCAUGACACCGAGCUGCAGAUAGUAAUGAAGCAGCGUGUGAUUGAAAUAACAACAACUGGAUUAAUAUCUGAUUUUGAUGAUGCUGUAUUAAUCACCUCCAAACAGGCCAAGAGUGUAAAUCAGCUGGUUAAAAAAGCUGGUGACCAAAAGCUAGCAGUAAUGCAGCAGACAACCAACUUAAAUCAAAGUAUUCUUUGUAAAGAAUGGGAACACAGGAAGCUCAGGAUGGAGAUUAAGGAUCUGCAGAAUCAUCUUCAUAACUUGGAGUCAAUGAAGGUGACGACAGAUAUUCAAAAGUUUCUCUGUAGGAGGCUUGAAGGCAUAAGUGAGAGUAAGAGUAUUCUUUCAAUAGGAAGAGAAAUUUCUCUGCUUAAAAAGUCAUAUGAAAAAACAAUUCAAGAAAUUCAAGAACACCUGGAUGAUUUAGAUAAGAAGAUUAGUGCACAGAACAAGGCAAAUCAAAAGAUGGAUGCAAAAGUUGCAGAACUCACUGUAGAUGUUAAUGAGCAACAAUUACUUAGAAAUUUGGAAUUUGCAUCAAGACAAACAGAUGUAAAACAGAGGAUGGCAUCAAUUGUUAAGCGCAGUCACCUAGUACACGUAAUGCAGAAACAGCACGCAGAGAUUUUAGCUCUACAAACAGAAUUGGAAUUACUACACCUAAAAAUAUAUCCAACCCUGAAACACGAAAUAAUUCAAGAGUGAUGCAUUGUACUGCAUUCAUAAUACUUCACAGAGAAAUUAUGGUACCUGUUAGCUCACAGAACUUAAUUUUACCUCACUUUUGUGGACAUACAGUUUGCAUUUUUCAAUGCUGUCAACUUCAUGAAUAUUAUUAGAAGCAAGAUGUGAAGUUUUUUUCUCUCAGCUUUCUCUCUGUAUUCAAUAAAUUCAACUGAAAGACAA